UUCUUGAUUACAUUCCACUCAUCUGCAACAUAUCAACCCCUCUCGCAGUCGCAACACUCUUCUCAACUUCAUCAGCGAAAACCUCCACACACGAAUCCGUCCCCGUCCUUCCUCAACCACACCAACCUCAUCUCAAAAUGUCUCGCCAUCAUCCCGAUCUCGUCAUGUGCCGCAAAGCACCAGGCAUCUCCCUCGGCCGCCUCUGCGACAAGUGCGAUGGCAAAUGCCCCGUCUGUGACUCCUACGUCCGACCGACGACCCUAGCCCGCAUCUGCGACGAGUGCGCAUUUGGCAACUACCAGAACAAGUGCAUCGUCUGCGGAGGCGAGGGAAUCAGUGAUGCCUUCUACUGUUUCGAAUGCACAAGGCUGGAGAAAGACCGCGACGGGUGUCCGAAGAUUAUCAAUCUGGGUUCAUCGAGGACGGAUUUGUUCUACCAGAAGAAGAAUUUCAGAAAUCAACAACAAUACUGAUACCAACAUAUUUGGAGGAGAUAUAUUGACCUAUUACCAUGCGCUGCCUGUUGAGUUCGUUCGCCUGGAUCGAGGUCACGUCCAAAAUCUCGCAG